GCGAAGUGCUGAAACUCACCUCUCCAGCUUAAUUCAUCUCCCGUUCAUUUUGGGAUUAUUAAAAUCCUUUUUUUAAUUUUCCAUCGGCGUUUUCUUCCCAUUGUUACAAGGCUGAAACAUCAAGCCCUCUAUGGUUCUGGUUAGGGUCUCAAAUCUGGUGGGAGUCCUUUGGGAAAUAACCGAUUAAAAUCAUGAGAUAUCGGAGAUCCGCUGGCUAAUACGGCUACACAAGCAAGAAAUCGGAACUCCAGAGUGUUUCUUUCUCGGCACAACAUGGACGUAGGAGCUGCUGGGGAAACAACCUUUGAAGGGAAGUGAGUCACAUGUGAAAAGGUCUGCAAUGCUGCAGCAGCUUUGUCUGUUCCACAGUUUGCUGCAGAAAUGGACAAGGAGAAUACCAACAGCGACUGAGCCGAAGUACCCGAGAUUUCCACCCCCCUCCUCGGACACGUUACUGUUCUGCAUCCUGUUGGCUAUUCUCUGCCUCCCGUGUAGGACUCAGGCAGCUGUCUAUAAGGUUGGGGUGGUGGGACCUUGGUCAUGCGAUCCUGUCUUUGCGAAAGCUUUUCCAGGUGUGGCAGCUAAGUUAGCUGUGGAUCGGAUCAACAGGGACACCUCUUUAAACUUAGGGUACACUUUUGAGUAUGUCAUACUCAAUGAAGACUGCCAAACAUCCAAGGCCUUGACUGGAUUUCUUGGGUACUAUAGACUGGUCUCUGGCUUUAUUGGGCCCACAAAUCCUGGCUACUGUGAUGCUGCUUCCCUCCUGGGCAAAAACUGGAACAAGGCCAUCUUCUCAUGGGCCUGUGUCAACUAUGAGCUGGAUGAUUCACACAGUUACCCCACCUUCGCCAGGACCUUACCCUCCCCAACCAGAGUCCUCCUCAACUUCAUGAAACACUUCCGGUGGGCUCAUGUUGGCAUUAUAUCUUCGGAAGAGGACAUUUGGGUGGACACAGCCAGCAAGGUGGCCAACGCCCUACGAAACCAUGGGCUUCCUGUGGGCAUUGUCAUCACCAUGGGCCGCGACACGGCAAGUGUCCGAGAAACCCUGGCCCAAGUUAAGAAGGUGGACGACCUACGCAUGGUAAUCAUGUGUAUGCACUCGGCGCUGAUUGGAGGCAAGGCGCAGAAGCAGCUCCUCGAAGUGGCUCAUGACAUGCACAUGACCGAGGGCUCCUUAGUGUUCGUGCCGUACGACACCCUGCUGUACAGCCUCCCCUACAGAGACGUGCUGUACCCUGCGCUGCGCAACAACAGCAAGCUGCGCAAGGCCUACGACGCGGUGCUCACGAUCACCGUGGAGUCCGAGGAGGGCUCCUUCUACCAGGCCUAUCAGGAGGCCAUAGACAAAGGCGAGCUGCAUCCUCAGCCUAAACCACAGCAGGUGUCACCGCUCUUUGCCACAAUAUACAACGCCAUCUUCUUCAUGGCCCACGCCAUGCAGCAGAUCCGGGACGCCGGCGCCUGGCCGUCUGGUGGGAACCUGGCGCGCUACUCCCGUAACUUGGUCUUCCACGGCUUCAACCAGAGGAUUCGCACCAACGGCACUGGGGCUGGCUUUGUCAACUACGUCAUCCUGGACACCGACGGCAGGUCGCGGGACAUCUACAGCACCCACCUGAUCGACAUGGAGACCAACAUAGUGCGCUUCCUGGGGCAAAGCAUCCACUUCCCACAGGGGGUGUCCCCCAAGACUGACUCGGGGUGCUGGUUUGCCCAUGGGAAGAUCUGCACUGGAGGUGUUGAUCCAGUCUUUGCUUUAUUGGUAUUCCUGUCUGUCUUCCUCACCAUUCUGUGCAUUGUGGGGCUUUCUUAUUUGAUAAGGCGGCGCAUCAACCAAAUUCGACUGGUACGGGGUCCCAACAAAAUCCUGCUCACUCUGGAUGACGUCACCUUCAUCAACCCACAGCUCAGCACAAAGAGGCUGAGUUCAGAUGACAGCAAGGUCAGCGACGCUGGGAGGAGCUUCUCUGAUGCUGACCGCAGUCUCAAGUCCCCUUACUCUGCUUCUAGCCUGACUCCUGCCACCCACGAGAACUCCAAUGUGGCCAUCUUUGAGGGAGACUGGGCCUGGAUGAAGAAACUACCAUCUGGAAACUUUGGCACCAUUACACCAAAAACCAGCGAUGUCUUUGAAAUGAUGAAGGACCUGCGCCAUGAGAACGUCAACCCUUUCCUGGGAUUCUUCCACGACUGCGGAGUGUUUGCCAUCGUGACGGAGUUCUGCUCCCGCGGCAGUAUGGAGGACCUCCUGCGGAAUGAAGACGUGAAGCUGGACUGGAUGUUCAAGUCCUCCCUGCUGCUGGACCUCAUCAAGGGUAUGAAGUAUUUGCACCAUCGGUCUGUAUACCACGGCCGGCUGAAAUCCCGAAACUGCGUGGUGGACGGGCGCUUUGUGCUGAAACUCACGGACUAUGGGUACAACGAGGUGCUAGUGUCCCAGAAUUUUCCAUACGAAGAGCCACCAGCUGAAGAUCUGCUGUGGACAGCACCGGAGAUCCUGCGGCAGUCCCACCCAGGGCUGUAUGGCUCCUUCAAGGGGGACGUGUACAGCUUCUCCAUCAUCAUGCAGGAGGUUGUGGUGCGGGGCCCCCCCUUCUGCAUGCUGGAGCAAUCUGCCGAGGAACUCAUCCAGAAAAUUAGGAAGCCGCCACCGAUGUGCCGGCCCGUGGUGUCGCCCGACCAUGCGCCCAUGGAGUGUAUCCAGCUGAUGAAGCAGUGCUGGAAUGAGCAGCCCGAGCGACGGCCCACCUUCGAUGAGAUCUUUGAUCAGUUUAAAAACAUCAACAAGGGCAAGAAGACCAACAUCAUCGACUCGAUGCUGCGGAUGCUGGAGCAGUACUCCAGCAACCUGGAGGACCUGAUUCGGGAGAGGACAGAAGAGCUGGAGAUCGAAAAGCAGAAGACGGAGAAACUGCUCACGCAGAUGUUGCCACCAUCUGUGGCAGAAGCCCUGAAAAUGGGGUGCACUGUGGAGCCUGAAUAUUUCGACGAAGUCACCUUGUACUUCAGUGACAUUGUGGGCUUCACCACAAUAUCUGCCAACAGCGAGCCCAUCGAGGUGGUUGACCUCCUCAAUGACCUCUACACGCUGUUCGAUGCUGUUUUAGGGAACCACGAUGUCUAUAAGGUGGAGACCAUAGGGGAUGCCUACAUGGUAGCCUCUGGGCUGCCCAAGCGUAAUGGAAAACGCCAUGUGGCAGAAAUUGCCAACAUGUCCCUGGACAUCCUCAGUGCCGUGGGCACCUUCAAGAUGAGGCACAUGCCCGACGUGCCCGUGAGGAUCCGAAUCGGCCUGCACUCGGGCCCAGUGGUGGCAGGAGUGGUGGGCCUGACCAUGCCAAGGUACUGUCUGUUUGGGGACACGGUGAACACGGCCUCACGCAUGGAAUCCACAGGACUGCCAUACCGCAUUCAUGUUAGUCACAGUACUGUCAAAAUCCUAAUGGAAUUAAAGGAAGGCUAUAAGGUCCAGCUAAGGGGAAGAACAGAACUUAAGGGCAAAGGCUCAGAGGAGACCUAUUGGCUGAUUGGAAAAGAUGGCUUCACCAAACCCCUGCCUGUCCCACCGGAGAUCAAGUCAGGGCCAGGAGUGCCGAAGGACUUGAGACAUAUGCUUAAGAAGGCAGUCAGGAAGCUCGCGCAUGUUCAACAGGUCACUCGGAUAACAGCGCCCGAUUACACAGAUGGCACGGUUGGUAUGUGCCACCACUGAGGCCUGCCUAUUGAAGGUGGUCCGACACCUGCUGGUGGACAAGAAGAAGCUCCAACAGGCUUAUCAGCCCCAGCGACUGAUAUCUGAAGCAGCCCUAGGAAGAAAUACCAAUGCUUUAUCCUGAUUGUAGCUAUUGCUGUGCUCUUAAACUGGAGACCUACUGCUCCAGCCCCCAGAAAAGACAACUUCAGACUCCUUUUUUUUCCAGCUACCGGAGCCCCUGUUGUAAAAGACUUCGCCCAAAUGUUCUGCAGCACAAAUGGAUUUGUGUGGAGCCAGUCUUUUGGGACUGUACAGCCUGCUUUCACUGUGGUUUGGCCCUGCCUUGAUUCAGGACUCUCAACAAGGGAGCUGUGGUUACAUAAAGCAGCCAGAGUGCAGGCCCUGCCCCAGAAUCCAGUGAUGGCAGUCAGGUGUGCUUUCUACAGCCCUUUCGAAGAGGUUUCUGGAGGAGCUGAGCAGAGCUACCCACUAAACCGGGAUGAGGGAGGUUACAUAGUUGCUUGGCUGGUUAGAGCUUAGAGGCUUUUUUUAGUAGCACCUUUGGAGACUACAGUCACUUGCUGAGUUAAAAAUAGCUUGUGGGAUUUCACUUCUAAGCUUGGCAAGGAUCGGAUCUGUCCUUCUCUCCCUUUGUUCAGAAGAGAAUCACCUGUUCUGUUUCCAUCAGGUUAAAUUUGUCCUUGAGGAUGGAAAAACAUGUUUCAUCCCUCUGCUCACGAGUGCAAAGACCUGGAUUGGGAGGGAUGCAUUUUCCGUAGCUUUGGAGGCUCAAUGUCCUGUCUAAUUUUGCUGGUUCUUUCAUUUGGAACACUUGUGUGUAUAAUGCAAAAGGAAUCGUGUCUGCUGGACCUGACAGUCCUGUUGCCCAGAGAUGGUGGCCCAAGGACCUCACCAGGAACAGAUAAGAAUAGGAACAUUAUAAUUCCUUGUGUCUAUAUAGCGCCUUUUCUAACAAAGGAUCUCAAAUGGCUUUACGUGUAGGAGGGAAACACGGAAUCGCAGCAGUGUUUGAGACAUGUGCAUCACCCAUACUGCACUAGCAGCCCAACUACACAGCACACGAGGUGGUGAACUGAGAAAUUACGUUGGAAAUUUUGGGAGGGCAGACUAAGCAAGCCCAGAACGGAGCAUGGACUCCAGAGUUAACACCCCUAAUAUUAUGGACAGUGCCAUUGGAUCUUUAAUAACCAAGCAGAUAGAACAUCUGUUUAAUAUGUCACCUGAAGGACGCCUCCUAUGGCUCAGUGCUCCCUAUCACCAUAGUGGGGCAUUGAUUUAGGAAAUUCUCAUCCAGAGGGAAGAGGAUCACCUAUUGGUCCACAAGCACCACCUACAGCAGUAGCCUGGUUUUCCUUAAUGGAUUCCCAUCCCACUACUGACCAGGCCCAGCCUUGCUUAGCUUCUGAGAUUCGGCCGACCAGAUGAGGUUAAUCAUGUGGAUUUUCUGGAGUUGCAACGCAAGGACGAGGAGUCAAGCUAAUACAGCCUGUUACUGUGUAUUGGUGACAGUGUGAAGUUGGUAUGAAAGCAUAGCACAUGCAAAUGCAAUAAUAUUAAUGCAAUCUCCAAUGUAUUUAAUUCAGGUCAGAAUUAAAUGGCCAGCACUUUCAAAAUAGCUAGAUUUUCUAGUGUUUUUUGCUUUAAAAAAGAAACAUCAAAAAGAAAAAAUCAAACCACGGAUCCAUUGAGUUAAUCUAGAUCUCCACUGAUUUCCCAUGGGCAAGGAAAGUCUUGGCGUAGAUUAAGCGUUUUGGCAACAGUGUGUAUUGGCACACAGAGUUGGGUUGUGUCACCUAAUGGACCGCUUUCCAGUCUAUAUCAGGAAUGCUGUUAGUACAGCUCCAGCAUAGACAAAAGGAUUAUUCUGGAGAAUAUUCCAGCUCACACACAACCAGAGAAGACAGAUGGCCUCUUCUGGUUUGUCACCUUACCUACGUGCUUAUGUUCUUUGCCGAUCACAGUUUGUUAAUGCCAGGCCUGAACUACUGCACACUCCCAAGAUGAAACAGCAGGUGACCCAGAUAUGAAGUUUCAAGUCUCGUUGGGCCAAAGGGCCUCCACUUAUUUGUAGUUCUUGUUCUUGUGUUCUUAAGUGGAAUGUAUUCAGUGAUGCACAAAAGUCACUAUUUGAACUGUACGGGAACUGUUAAUAUUUUUGUUUUCAUUUGAAUGCACUGUAUGUACCUUUAUGAAAUAGUACAUCAUGUACAGAUUAAACAAAAAAAGGAAUGAGAUUGUUUUGGUUUUAGCAGUCAGAAACUAUUUCAAGUGUAUGUAUGAAUAUGAUUAUACAGUUUGUGGUGAAUAUACUAAAUGGUGCUCAAGACUGUUGUGCUGUACAUGCUUUUCAAUGCCAUUUACUGCAUUAACCCAAUCAAGCCAAUGCAAAUUAAUAGUGAUUGAUAUGGAAAGGGGUAAUAAGAUUCACCCUUAGGAGUUCUGACACAAGAAGCUUUAUUCUAAUUAUUUGAUUCUUUCAAAGUACAAGCCAGUGGGUUGAGGAUUUUUAAACUGUUAAGCAGCAACCAGCUAGACUAGGUAGUAGGUCAUCUUUUUAUUUGAUUUAGUCAUUUUCCCCGCUUAGCUCAAACUUGCUACUUAGCCCCUGUGAGGACUAGGAUAGAUGGGUCUGUCUGUACUGUGUUAUGGCUUGGAGAAAUUCCAGGUCCCAGCAGAGGGUGCAGAAUGGAUUACUCUUAAAGGAUGCUUUCAAUUUUUCAAUCUCUGGAGAGCAGUGGAGAGGAUGCUUCACAACCAAGUCUUCCCAGUGCUCCAGGCCAACCCCACACAGCUAUUACACCUCCCACUGCAGUCAGUUUCUGUCUCAGCCUGGAGUUUCAUUGCCCAGGAACAUCAGGCUCUGCAGGCUUAUAAUGGAGAGGCCCCAGACAUCCAGGCCCUUUUAGGUACAAAGCACUCAGAUUGUGUCAUGGAAUGCAUCACUGAUGAGAAAAAACACAAGCCCCAGUCACUCAGCCCCUUGUGUAAACUGGGCCUUGCAAAACCACGUUCUGUGGUACUUAAUUUCCUGGUUAAUAGUUCUACUUAUUGGCUUUUACAGAUAGUUUUACUCUUCUUUGCUUUCAGUCCUUGUUUCAGAAAUUGAAAAGGAGAUUUUGCCAGGAGAUUUAGCAAACAGAGCAAACCAGAUCACCUGGUUAAUUAACUAUUAUUCCCCUACAGCUUUAGCUAAACAGUUCUUAAUGUGUUAUCGGUUAAUGCUGUAACAGAUGCAGCAGGGAUUUUCACUCUCCCAUAAUAAUCAUUCAUACUUUUUUCCAUUUUUCAUUAAGCUAAUUAUUUCAAUUCUAGACACGUGCUCUUGGAAUCAGUAUACUGAAAGGGAGGUUUGAACCCCAAGACUUUGUACAGGUGAAAAGGUUGUUUCUAAUUCAGUGCAAUGUUGCAAGAGCAACAGAACAGCUUACAAAAAGCCCAAAUAAGGUUAAUGUUUCAGCUAAAGGGAUCAAUUAGCCUUAGUAAUUAAGAACCCCAUUAAGAAUAAAAAAAUUAUACCAGGAUGACUUUCAGGAACAGGAAAGAUAGUCACGAUAGAGAACUGUGUACUCUUUCUUCUUAGAGCAUAUUCAUUUUUUAAGGAGAAAGUUGCAAUAAAAGUGUCUUUAAGACUUUUAAAGUAAUAAUAUCAAACCACUUUACAAUACACAAAAAGCACAUUAAAAUACAAUUAAAUACCAACACAAAGAAAAAUGAAAUACAGAAGAUCACACAAAUCUUCAGAAAGAGCAUGUGUUAAGCUAGACUUAAAAGUCCCACAAUGUGACUCAGACCUUGAUUUGGGGGAUUUUUUUUUUGGGUGGAGGGCACAGCAGCAGCAGGCCCACAGAGUAGAGGAACAGUGAGGACACAGUGUACCAGGAUCGGCGAGUUCAAGUUUAGAGGGGAGUAAACAGAAAAUAUAUCAGCUCGAUGCUGUGGGGUCAAGCCACGCAGAGCAUUGAAAUUAACUCAUAACCUGACAGGAAACCAGUGCUGGGACUCUAAGACAGGAGUGAUGUGAUCACAAUUUUGUGUGAUGUCAGGAUUCAAGCUACUGAAUUCUGAGCAUAUUGUGACCAAGAGUUAUUGUGUUCUUUUGUAAAAUAAUUGUAAAAGCGUAGUGAAUUAGCAUAAUGUGAAACAUCAAUGUAAAGUCAAAUGUAACUAUAAUAAACAGUCUUUUGUCUUAACUAGAAAUGCCAUAGUGAACAAGGUAAAUAUUUUAGA